AUGACGUCGGAUGUGCCAGCGAAGCUGAGAAGAAAGGAAAAAAGAAAUAAAAAGAAAGAAAUCAAAGACAUGUCCGCGGAUGACAUCAAUCCAAUCGCGAUUGGUCGUAAAUCCAGAGAGAUGUUCGAUGGUUUCUUCGAGCAAAUCACCUCGUUGACUCGAUUGCAGAAAUCUACCGGGAACAUCCCAGGCAACGCCGGGUACGACACGAGCAUCUACGACAUGGACUUGUUAUCGGGCGAUACCACGGAUAUGAUCGAUGCGAAUCCGCAGGCGAAGUUCACGACGGUGUUAGUCACCGGUGCGACUGGGAGAGUUGGAAAAGUCAUCGUGAGAAAGCUCUUGCUGAGAGGGUACGGCGUUCGCGCGUUGAUUCGACGCGAGUCGGACAAGGAGUUUUUACCGCCCAACGUCGAGGUGUUUGUCGGCGACGUGUCAGAUUUGGACACCAUGAGAGAGGCGGUGAAAGGUUGCGCGAAGAUAAUGUAUUGCGCGAGAGCUUCGUCAACGUUGACGUCGGAUUUGUAUAACGUCGAGGUUCUUGGCGUUCAAAACGCGUGCGCGGCGAUGCAGGAUUACUUCCACACGUUGGCGGCGAGACGAGCGGGUCAAUCCGUCAAGUCGAAGAAGAUGUUGACGGAUUUCAAAUGGGCACAAAACUUCGAAGGUGAGAGACAAUGGUCGACUGAGUUCAGCCAAAGCGCAAGCGAUGCAGCUGGAGGUGGCUGGAGAACUGCCAGCAGCGGCGAAUCGUCCACGUCUGCGGCCAAAUCGGAAGCGACCCGAAGAACUGUACAAAAAGUGAAAUUUGAACCGUCCGAGGAGAACUGGAAGUUUGCCAGUUGGUCCGGGUUCGUGACGCCGAGAACCGGCGUUGCGACGCUCAUCUCGCCGGAUGUGAAAAUUCUUCACGCAGAGAGUUCGAAUAAGGCGAUCGAUUUGUCCUCCUGCGAGGGUUUAACCAUUCGAUACAAGUGCGACGCGAAGAAGUAUUCGCUUUGCGUCAUCGAUACGGAUGGGAACUUGUUCCGCGCUUCCAUGCGCACAAAGUUGGGAUGGAAAACGCAAUCCAUUCCGUGGUCUCGAUUCGUUUCAGAAGAUGUCGACGACACGACGAUGAACUCGUCCGCGGACGUCCCGCAACUCGACGUUUCAAAGAUUGCGAAAAUCGGCGUUCAGUUCCGAGCGAAAGUGAACGCGAAAACGAACCAGACGUUGGAAGAUGAUUUGGCCGGCGCGACCAACCAGUUUUCCUUAGUUUUGGAAUAUCUCAAAGCGAACCCGAGAGGUGAAGAGGCGGAUAUCGUUCUACUGUCGUGCUUUGGCGCAGGCAUGGAACCAGGGGAAGAGAAGCAACGCGUUGUGAAGCACAAGAAAGACGGUGAAUGCGCGUUGAGAAGAUCGGGAUUGCAAUACGCCAUCGUGAGACCCGCGGUGUUGAGCGAAGAACCGAGUGGAGGUAAGGCGUUGGUCUUUGACCAAGGCGAACGAUUGACGCAAACUAUUUCGUGCGCGGAUGUUGCGGACGUUUGCGUGAAGUCGCUUCACGAUUCUGAGGCGAGAAACCGAACGUUUGACGUCGCGUACGAUAAAGGCUCCGAGGGCGACUACGAGCUCGUCACGCAAGUUGCGUCAAAGAACUCGGGCAACUACUUGACGCCCGCGUUACAGCCACUCGAAAGAAACACGUAA